AAGUGAAUAGCCUGUAAUGUCAGCAGCACCAGCAGCAGCUCCAGUAAACCCGCAGAAGGCGGCAGUCAAUGGAAAACCAGGGGUAGAGGGAGAGACUAAGGCGCAAGUGCACAAGCUCAGAAUCACUCUCACAAGCACUAACGUCAAGUCCAUCGAAAAGGUGUGUGCCGACUUGAUCAAGGGCGCCAAAGAUAAAAAGCUCCCAGUGAAGGGCCCAGUAAGGAUCCCGACGAAGACUCUUCGAAUCACAACGAGGAAGACACCAUGUGGAGAGGGAUCGAAGACAUGGGACAGAUAUCAGAUGAGGAUCCACAAGAGGCUAGUUGACCUCAUGUCUCCUCCCGACGAGGUCAAGCAGAUCACCUCCAUCUCUAUUGACCCCGGAGUAGAGGUCGAGGUCACCAUCCAGAACUGAAGAGGAAACACUGACGCAAUGGAUGUCUGAUGAGUAUUCGUCAGUUGACUUUUGUGGCUAUGAUUUGAUAGUUUGCGUUGUAUGUUGGUUAUUCGUGAGAAUUGAAUCUUGCUGCGCA